CUGUGAAGUCCCAGCGCACACUAUGACCGGAAAUGUGUGUCGUUAUUGUGGCAUGCUCCUUCCUCCUCUCCCUUCCCUGUUAGCAAGUCGACUUGGCUGGCUAGCGAGUCCAGGCACCACGCCAGCUAACAAAAUGAACAUACGAAACGCAAGGCCGGAGGACCUUAUGAAUAUGCAGCACUGUAACCUGCUGUGUCUUCCAGAAAACUACCAGAUGAAAUACUAUUUCUAUCACGGAUUGUCCUGGCCUCAGCUCUCAUACAUUGCAGAGGACGAAAAUGGCAAAAUUGUGGGAUAUGUACUGGCAAAGAUGGAGGAGGACCCAGAUGAUGUACCCCAUGGACACAUUACAUCCCUGGCGGUAAAGCGCUCCCACAGACGUCUGGGGCUUGCUCAGAAGCUGAUGGACCAGGCCAGCCGGGCCAUGAUUGAAAACUUCAAUGCUAAAUAUGUCUCACUUCAUGUUCGUAAAAGCAACCGAGCGGCCCUUCACCUGUACUCCAACACACUCAAAUUCCAGAUUAGUGAGGUAGAGCCUAAAUACUAUGCAGAUGGGGAGGAUGCCUACGCCAUGAAGAGAGACCUGGCCCACAUGGCUGAUGAGCUGAGAAAGCCUGGAGUGCGUGUUUCGGGUCAGGAGGCACCGUCUGGCCAGAGCCCCUCAGGGUCUGGCGAUCAGGAGAGAGAGAGCGAGAGAGACAGCGGAGGAGAGAGCAAAGAGCUGAGUGAAGUCAGCGAGGCAACGGAAAGCACGGACGUUAAAGAUUCUUCCUCCGAUUCACAAUGACGCUGCAGUCCUAGACAUUUUUAAAUUCAUCCUUCACUUCCUCUUUUUAUCUCUAUUUGACAAUGUUCUGACAGUAUCUCUGGCUUUACAAACUGACUAUAUCAUAAAAGCCGUUCUAUCAUUUCCAUCACUGCUUUUUCUUGAAUCUUGCAGUGAUGAACAAACAGUCUUGGGUAAUGACGUGAAUUGGGAUGUUUUCUAAAGAAGCUAAAAUGAA